CUGAUAUAUAUUUAUAUACAAGAAAUAAAGACGAAAUAAUCGUCCUUAUUUUCCUGUUUCGUAAUCCAUCUAACUGUGUCUUUUAUUUUCUACCAGCCGCCACUGGAACGCUGCUCUGGUUACCCCGAUUGCUGCUGUGCCGCCGAGCACUGGUUCCUGAUUGCCAGGCUGUGGCCAGAGCUCCCCACUUAUUACCGCAUGCAGUUUAGUACCGCGUAUCGUGUUGGCAGGCUUCUUGCCUCCCCAGCAAUUUCCCACAUUCUUUGCCCAGCCAUUUUGCUCUCUUUGCUGCAAACAAUCCCUUUCACCUGCGACUUCGUGUUCGAUCUCGUCGAGGCUCGUCAUUUUCGCUCUUUUCACUCGUUUAUCGCACCCGCCUCUCUCUCGUUUCUCGAUACUUUUUUCCUUUCACUAAAUCCUCGCCUCUCGACAUUAAUCAAAACACACCAUAACAACACGCUACCUCCUCAACUCGUAAUAAUACUCGAUUCUGAAACUCGCGUCCGUCUGUUUUGGCACCUAGAUCACGAUUGCCAGGAACCGAUUAAACAUCUUUUAUCGAUUUUCCUGCCACGGUUGUCAUGCUAUUCGAUUAUUAGAAGAUAUCUGCGGUUUAGAGCUCAUUAGCGCGUCCAACUCUCUCACCACGAUCACCUCGAAACCAAUCAAAGAUCUAUCUGGUAAUCCUUCGACCAACUCACCCUCACCAUGCGCUUACCGUGCCGCCGGCGACAGGCGGCGCGUUCGCAACCGCUGAGUCUAACUGUCGCCGCUUUAAUCGCACUGGUGCCCUCCGCAUCGAGUGCUUUUCAGUUCAAACCAGCGCCAUCAGCGAACCUCGACAUUGCUAAUCUUGGAGAUGUGGGCAUCGCUGGUGACUUCAGCGGUAUUUCUCUGUACGAAUAUGAAGGCCAAGUAGGCAAGCCACUGAGCAACAACGGUAGUGAGUCGAUUCUUGCGCCGCUGCCUAAUGGUGCCUUAGCAUCUAUCGUAUCUGCCGAUGCAGCCAUUCGUGCCAUGUGCCUCUUCAAAAAUCGAGGCGUUAUAUUGGCAGGAAACUUUACCUCGUUGGAUGGCACAAAGUCUACUGCGAUGGCUUUACUUAACCAAACUACUGCGCAGGUCACGCCGCUGGAUGGCCUCCAAGGUGAGGUAAACACAGUGUAUUGCGACGAACAGCGUAACACAGUUUACGUCGGUGGAAGCUUUAUGGGUUCAAAUUCCACCAACGCUAUUGCCUGGCUUGGAGACAGUGGCUGGUCCAACCUCCCAUUUGCAGGCUUCAACGGACCUGUCAACACCAUCACAAAAGCCUCCAAUGGACAUAUCAUUUUUGGCGGCAGUUUCACUGGUCUUGGCAAUCUCAGCACACCCAGUCAACCAGACCGACAACUUAUUAACCUUUCUGGUGCCAAUAUUGUGGCAGAAAACCAUAUUGACAGAGCCGGCUUCGAUAACCCCGCUAACAUUGCUUGCUCGAGUGGUGGCGACGCCCCCGGAAGCACCUAUUUGAUGCAGUCAGGAACCAAGUCGGGCUUCUGGGAAGCCCAGUUUGAUUUUGCAUUUAAGCCUACAAAGCUUCGUUUAUGGAACACGAAUGUGGAUGGCCGAGGUGUUAAGACGUUCCGUGUCUUGUUCCCUGCCCAGCCAGUGGACGGCAUUGCAAAUCUCACAUACGUUGAUCCGCAAACCGGCCGUAAUGCCAGCUGCACCAGAGAAUGCCCCCUUCUCAAAGACGCCUCUAAGCCGCAGGACUUCCAUUUCGUCAAUGCCGUCGGGAUGAGCCGACUACGCAUUGCUGUGUCGGAUGUAUACGGCGACGGCGGUGGUCUUGGUGGUGUUCAGAUUUACCAGGACAAGAUCGGCACAUACGCCAUCAACGCAUUAAAUGAACCGACCUGCCGGGGACUCGAAUUUCCCUCUAAAGCCACUGCAACUGGCCCUUGGACCGAAUCACCAUCACUACAAAGCGAUUCCAAGUACUUGACCGUCAACGUCGACCACCAGUCAGCAUCGAAAGCAUCGGUCGUCUUUUUCCCCAGCAUCCAAGAGUCUGGAAACUAUUCUAUCAAUUUGUUCACCCCGGGAUGUAAGCCUGAUGAUACAUGCUUAACACGUGGGCGUGUGAACGUUACCGGCACCAUGUCCAGUGGUGCAAAGCAGUUCGACUUUACUACCUCUCUUUACCAGACCAACAACUUUGACAAGUAUGAUCAAAUUUACUUCGGAUAUGUAGAGAAGACUUCCGAUGGUUUCAAGCCCACCGUCACCAUUACACCUCAACCCGACGACUCUCAACAGGAAAUGACUGCCGUUGCACAGAAAGUUGGAUUCACAUUGAUCAACUCCAACGGCGGUCUGAAUGGUCUAUUUGAAUUUAACCCCGAAGACCCGAAUAUUCAAGCUUCCGAACUGGAGACAUCAGCUAUCAAUAAGUUGGGAUCUGGUUUCGAUAAAAUGUCUGGUGUGCGUUCUAUUAUUUCGUCUGACGACACUCUUUAUAUUGGCGGCAACUUCACGUCUAAAGAUCACAAAAAUAUUGUCGCCAUUACUGGCAGCAAAGAUGUCAAGUCGCUUGAUGGCGGCCUAAAUGGCCAAGUGAUGGAUCUUCACUUGGAAGGUAAAAAGAUCUAUGCCGGUGGUGAAUUCAACAACACUCUUGAUAACUCUGCCGAGGGUCUUGGAAAUGUUGCAGUGUACGACAUUGAUAAGAACACUUGGGGUCCUCUCGGCGCAGGCGUCAACGGUAUGGUUCAAUACGUCGUCCCUCUUCAGGUCAACAUCACCAAGAACAAGCCUGAGAUUGUUAUUGCUCUGACGGGAAUGUUUUCCGAAAUCAACAAGUUCAAGGGCUCGGACGUCAUUCCAACCAGCGGAUUUGCUAUCUGGGUCCCUUCGCAAGGCAACUGGCUUCAAAAUUCCCCUGUUCCCGUCCCCGCCUACAGUGGCACACUCACGGCAUCGGUUUUGGGCCUUCCUGCUAAUGGCUCGUUACUUGCUGGCUCCAUCUCGUCGGCAGAGCUUGCUGCUCACGGAGCUGCGAAGCUAGACAGUGAUGGCCUCGGACCAUUCCCUGUUAAGAUUAAGCUACCUGCAGCCAGUACCUCCAACACGAGACGCAGGUCUCUCAGCGAAGCUCAACUUAGUGGCGUUGUUACUGGAGCAUACUACCAAGAAGACGGCAAGAACAUUACGGUCCUGGCUGGCCACUUCUCUGCUCAAGAUGCAAACGGCACUACUAUCAACAACCUUGUUUUGAUCGACGGCAAGAAUAAGGAUAGUAUCAGUGGCUUAGGCGAAGGCGUAUCAGCUGAUUCAUCGAUUGUGACUGUUGCGUUAAAGGGAAGCGUCCUGUAUGCUGGUGGCAAAUUAAGCGGAAGAGUCAAUGGCGGCGCUGUCGGUGGCAUCAUUGCGUACGAUAUUGCCUCCAAGACAUUCAAGGCACAGCCUGCACCAAUCUCGGGCAGAAAUGGAACCGUGUCUGUCAUUACAGUGAACCCCAAGACAAACGACGUCUACGUUGCCGGCUCUUUUGACAAUGCUGGAGGCCUUACCUGCCCCGGCGUCUGCUUAUACAACACUGAUACCAACCAAUGGAACCGCCCAGGAACCAGUAUGGAGGGUGAUGUGAACAGCAUGAUGUGGGCCUCGAACUCGAAGCUGAUUGCUGCUGGCGACAUGAAGGGCAAUGACACGACCACUCUGCGGCUAGCCAUGUACGACACCUCUGCACAGACGUGGGAGGAGUUCCCCGGAAACGAUGCGAUCCCCGGACCGGUAUUGUUGAUGACUCCUGGCUCCAGUGACGGCAAGCAAGUUUGGAUUUCUGGCAAGUCGUCCAAGGACCAGUCCAUCUUCCUGAUGAAGUAUGAUGGCGACAAGUGGCUCAAUGCGCCUCACCCCUUGCCAGCUUCGACACAGCUCCGCAGUCUUCAGAUUUUUACACUCACAAAGGACCAUGACAAGUCGGAUCUUUUGAGCAACAACCAGGCGCUUAUGCUAACCGGAAGCAUCGACCUUCCGGUUGUUGGCACCGUCUCAGCUGCCCUUUUCAACGGCACCCACUACUUACCGUAUGCUUUGACUACAAGCUCCCGCACCGGUGCUGGAAGCAUUGCCAAGAUCUUCUCGCAAAAGGAUGACUUCUUUGCCUCUAGCGGUGGUCAUCUUGCGCUUGGCUUUGUUGUGCUGAUUGCCCUCGCCAUUGCCCUUGCCUUGAUCUUAUUGAUUGUUGUUGCAGGUGUUAUUCUUGACCGCAUUCGCAAGAAGCGUGACGGCUACACUCCUGCACCGACGUCCAUGUACGACCGAGGAAGCGGUAUUCAAAGAAUCCCGCCAAGAGAAUUGCUUGAAUCUCUAGGCAAGACUCGCCCGUCAGCGCCGCACGUCUGAGCCUGACACCUUUUGACGACUGACUUGUCAUUUUUUCAUUUUCUUCAUUUUACAUGUUUACCAUCUUUGUUUGGCGUUUGGAUAGGCGCACAGAUCUGAUUUUCAUUUUCAAACUCUGCGCUUUAGUACUUACUGGCUUGACACCUUUUACCACAUUGGACGGCCACGGACAACGGCCAUAUGCAGACAUGCAGUCUCCAGAAUAUUCAAAACUACUUGAAUAUACUGCUGAAUAUAUUGUACAAACGGUUUCGACACUUUUUUUAUUCCCCAUGUAUUCAUUUCUACAAAGCCCUUGAGUCUGGUGGUCCCUUGUUUGCGCUGGCAUUAAUAACAUUGAGUGCCUUUUCACCGACUCGGUUCAGCGACCCAUGUUUCGUUGCGUGCUUUGACUUUUAUACAAGAGUCCUUUUAUAGCUGAUAGUUUAUUACAAGUGACUUGAAAAUACAUUCACUGUUCUACAUUGAUC